UUCCGUGUUUGGAAUUUACAGUGCUUUUGAAAACAAAGCCGAUUUAAGUUCUAUCACAAACAGCCAGGCAUAUUAAUGUUUGAUUUGGACGCUUUGUUAUAUUUAUUUUUAAUUAUCUUUAUUCUGUUUAAGUCUGAGUUCAUUUGAUAUAUUCAACUAAAAAUUUGUCAUUUUAUUUGACUUAUCACUAAAUUUUUUUGAAAAUAUCUGAGGUACGUUUAAAAUAGAGAGCAAAUGUUUUUUUAAAGUUUUUUCUCGAAUUAAUAAAAUGAUUAAUUGAAUACUGAUUUUUUAACUUUUUAGACUUGAAUUCUAGUAAAAAUUCCCUGUUCAUUAAAAGAUCCAUCAAGUUAUACAAAUAAAAAAAUAUGACGAGCUUCAUAAAGAAAAUCAUGAGACCAAAGACGAAGGUAUACGGCAAGCAGGGCUCAGUGAAAGAGAGCCAAGCGAUGAACAUCACAGCUCCCACCGACUUCAAACAAGUUCUUCACAUCACAUUUAAGGAUGGUCAGAUCGUCGGCUUGCCUGAUGUGUGGGGGGAGUGGUUGAGCGCCUCCGACAUCAGUUUGGAAGAGCAGAAAAAAAAUCCCGAAGCAGUGUACACGGCACUAAAAACAUACGAAAGCUCUGUCAAGUACAAGGACCAUCAAAAGUUCAUGUUGCAGAACGACAAUUCGACCAAUCUAUCAGCUUCAGAAGAUUUAGAAUCCAAACGCAAAUCAUCCGACGAUAAUGACCCGAAGAAAACAACUUCAAACGGUAAAUCACCAAACCAGCCUGCCUCAAAAGAAGGAGCUCCCAAGAACAUUCAAUGCCGUCGGAACAACAAAGCCCCCGAUAAGAUGACCGAAGAAGAAGUUAUGCAAGCAUUCAGAGAUUUGGUGAGCAAAGACGAUCCAUUGAAAAAGUACGACAUCAAACAAAAAGUCGGAUCUGGAGCCUCAGGUACAGUUUGUGUGGCAACGGACAGGCAGACGAACCAUGCAGUUGCCAUCAAAAAGAUGGACCUGAGUAACCAGCCUAAGAAGGAGCUCAUCAUUACGGAGAUCGAAGUCAUGAAACAACAUCAACAUGAAAAUAUUGUCAACUUUCUUGAUUGUUACUUGGUCGAGGGCCCAGGAUCUCGAGAACUGUGGGUGGCCAUGGAGUACUUAGAGGGUGGCGCUCUCACCGACGUCGUCAUGGAAACCAUCUUGAAAGAGAACCAGAUAGCGGGAAUAACUAAACGAUGCACGGACGCUCUAGCUUAUCUACACUCCCAAGAGAUCAUUCACAGAGACAUCAAAAGUGACAACGUGCUACUGGGUAUGAACGGUGAAGUGAAGUUGACGGAUUUUGGGUUCUGUGCCCAAAUAACGCAGGACCGCGACAAACGAAACACCAUGGUGGGUACGCCCUACUGGAUGGCUCCUGAGGUGGUUUCCAGGAAGCAGUACGGUUACAAAGUAGAUGUCUGGAGUCUGGGCAUCAUGGUGAUUGAGAUGAUAGAAGGUGAACCACCCUACCUGAACGAAACGCCCAUACGAGCCCUCUACCUCAUCGCAUCCAAUGGCAAGCCGCAGAUCAAAGACAAAUCAAAAUUAUCUCCGGACAUUGUUAACUUUUUAGACAAGUGCUUAGAAGUAGAGGUUGAGAAGCGAGCCACAUGUAAGGAGCUAAUGAGUCAUCCUUUUUUAGGGCUGCCAGUCGACAUGACGUCACUCAGACAGAACAUACUUGCAGCCAAGGAAGCUGCCUCGAAAAGCUUUUAAGCUGUUCCAAUACACUCUACAUUAUUGCUGCCUAUGAUGAUCUUGUUUGAUGAACUUUUGUGUCUUAUUAUUAUUUUAUAUUUUAUAAAAAUAUUUUAUAUUAUAAGAUUGAAUUAUGUUAUUCUUAAAACCUCUACUCUGCUGCUACUGUUAUUACUACUACUACUUCUUCUAUUGCCACUACAACGACUACUACUGCUACUGCUGCUGCUGCUGCUAUAUUUUUAUACACCAUUAAACGAUCUGAGGUUUGUUGUGUCAUAUAGCAUAAUUUUGCGGUCUGAUGACGAAAUAUUUUUGUUACGAUGUAGUUUUAGAAAAUUUUAAAUUCUCUUACCAUGUGGACUUCAACUUUAAAAUAUAUCGAAUAUUAGGAAAUGAAACUUUAUAUAUUGUUUAAUAU